CAAAAGAAAAUAUCAACAAUUGUAAAACGCCAUCUUUUAAUUACGUGCAUUUGCUAGAGCGACAAGUAAUCGGUACUUAAUAGCAAGUAAUCGCUAAAAUCACCUCAAAGUGUUGUUAUUUACUUUUUAUCACAAUAUGCAUGAGUUCAUGCGAUGAAAACUAAGUCAAUUUAUUUGUAUUGUUGCGAUUAAACCAGCAGCGGUGGUCGCGGUGCUCGGUCAUAAACGUUAGUUAUCUAAUAAAUUGUUGUGGACAAUAAAUCAAUAAAAAUGAGUGUUUUACAAAUGACUUCUCUGAAUUUAACGCGAAUGUCGAGGAACUGUGCAACAGGUAGCAACAAUACGAUUAUUAGCUUGUAUGCGGCAAUAAGAAAUUUCUCGGCCACUCCCGUCUUAGCCGAUAAACAUGAAUGCCAGGUGCUUGUAGUUGGAGGUGGUGCUGGUGGUUGUGCCGUGGCUGCCAAGCUAUCAAGAAAAUUGGGCCCAGACAAAGUUAUCAUAGUAGAACCGGCUGACAAGCACUACUACCAGCCUAUGUUCACUUUGAUAGGCGGAGGUAUGAAACGUUUGGAACAAUCAUUUAAACCAAUGGCCAGUGUUUUGCCAAAAGAUGUGAAAUGGUUGCAAGAGAAAGCUGAGCAAUUCGAUCCAAAGAAUAACACGGUAAUUACUUCGGGUAAUAAUAAUAUUAAAUACGAUUUACUGCUGAUAGCAAUAGGCUUGCAACUCAACUAUGAUAAGAUUCCUGGUUUGGUGGAAGCUCUUGCGAUACCUAAUGGCAAAGUUUGUUCCAUCUAUUCGCCCAAAUAUGUGGAAAAUACUUUGGAAUGUUUACGUCGAACAGAGAACGGCAAUGCUGUAUUUACCUUUCCCGCUAGCCCUGUUAAAUGUCCAGGCGCACCGCAAAAAAUUAUGUAUAUAUCCGAACAUUACUUUCGUAAAUUAAAUAAACGCGGUAAUAUUAACGUGAUAUACAAUACCGCACUACCUGUAUUGUUUGGAGUAAAGCAUUACGCAGAUGCGUUAUGGCCGAUUGUCAAAAAGCGCAACGUGACUGUCAAUACACGUACGAAUUUAGUAGAAGUUAAACCUGCAAUGGAUAUGGCGAUCUUCGAGAACUUGGAUAAACCUAAUGAAAAGUUUGAACAACAGUAUUCCAUGUUACACGUUGUGCCGCCAAUGAGUGCGCCUGAUCAGUUAGCUCAAUGCAAGGAUUUGGUAAACGAGGCCGGUUUUGUAGAUGUGAAUAAGUCGACUAUGCAACAUGUUAAAUAUAAAAAUGUGUUUGCUAUUGGUGAUUGCUCUGGAUCACCCAAUUCAAAAACCGCCGCUUCAGCAGCGGCCCAAUCCCCAGUGGUCUAUCGUAAUAUGAUAGCCGCCUUAGAAGGAGAAGAGCUUAAGGCCACAUACGAUGGUUAUGCUUCCUGUCCUUUGGUGACCGGUUAUCGUAGUUGUAUUUUAGCGGAAUUCGAUUAUGAUUUAAACCCGUUGGAAACAUUCCCCGUAGCACAAAACAAAGAACGUUACUCUAUGUUUGUAUUAAAGAAAAGCUUAAUGCCUGCUUUAUACUGGAAUAUGAUGUUGAAAGGUUAUUGGAAUGGACCAGCCAUGAUGCGUAAAAUAAUGUCGAUGUUUAAAUUCGGCAAAAAUUAAAAACUAUAUAAAAGUCAAUUUUUCAUCAAUAGUUUGUAAAAAUAUAAACGAAAUUCUAUAUGAAUGACGUAAUACGUCCAAUAAUGUUCCAUGGCGUACUUGUCGGUAUGUCGCGAUUACGACUAUUAAAAAUAUUAGCUAUAAAAACCUUUAUCAAGACUUGCAAAUCGUAAAUCGACCCACAUGGAUUGUUUGUGCAACAAGCUUUCCGAUAUCUGUUAUCUUCAAAGAAGAAGCUGAGCAAAUUCAA